UACCAUGGCACCCGGGGCUGCCCCAGGGCUGGGUUUAGGCCAGCAGGGCUUUGUGACCGCAGGCUUGGUGACCCCGCUCCGGUCCAUCAGCUCCAUUCCCACUCUCCGGGUUGUUUUCCUGCGGUUGGGAGUUCAUUACAGAGGGCUGCUGCUGGGUUCGUGCGGGAACAAGGCAAGUUUUCCAUGUCAGAGCAGGCCCUGCUGGCUGGCCGUGCCGGCGGGGAGCCAGGCUGGGAACCUUCCCAUCUCCCUGGGUCCGUGCCAGGGCACCGGGACCCUGUGCCCACAGCAGGCAGGGGGCAUCCAGAGGUGAUCUGGCUUUGGCAGUGGGAGCACCUCAGGCCGUGCAUCCCCAUCCAGCACCGCGGCUGCACCAGCACCACGCCGGGACGGCACCGUGUCCCAUCACGCUGCGUGACGCAGCCUGGCAUGGAGGAUGCCCCACGGUUUUAAUCCCAUGUGAGCUCGUCCUCGCCCAGCACUGACUCAGCAGGAGCAGCCGCGGUGCAGAGCAGCUCCCGGGGGAGAAGGGGAGGACGCGGCUGGGGACCAGGACGCACCCGACAGCCCGGACGAGCGCAGGGAGCAGCACUGUGGCGGCUGAGCCGUGCCGAGCCGGCUCCCACAUCGCAGGGCCCAUCCAGCUGCCGGCACGUGAGCCCAUCGCUGCGGUUGCCGGGCACCCACCCGGUGCCGCGGUGCCAGCGCCGAGGAUGCCCGUCGAGGCGCUGCAGGCCGGCGACGCCAUGAAGGGGAUGCCGGUGCAGGUGACGGCUCCCUUCACCUCGACCAUGCCCAUCCGCAUCCUCCGCAAGGGCCCGGCUUAUUUCCGCCGUGGCACCGAGCCGGGCGCCGGGAAGCCGAGCGCGGUGGAGAGGCUGGAGGCCGACAAGGCCAAGUACGUGAAGAGCCAGCGCGUCGCCAGCACCAGGCAGGAGCCGGUGAAGCCACCGCUGCUCAAGCAGCCCCUCUUCACAGCGGGGGUGCGCCGGGCGGUGCUCACCCCCAGCCGCAGGGCACCGCCGGGACCGCGUCGCGCCGAACCCGCGGGCACCAAGACCUGCCUCGACCUGGAGAUCCUCAACAACCUCAUCAACCUCUGCGACAGCCCCUUCCCCAAGGCGGAGAACCCGCUGGGCAGGGACUGCAAGUGGAGGGCGGAGGUGCCGGCGCCGCGGUGCAGCGGGGCGGACGGUGCUGGUGCUGCCAAACCACCGGAGAGUCCCAUUGCCGCCAAGCCCCCCGGCAGCGUGGCCGUGAGGAGGGUGGACGUGCGUCCCUGCGGGGCUCCACGGGGGCCAGUGACACCGGUGACACCGAUGACACCGGUGACUCCGGUGACACCGAUGACACCAAUGACACCAGUGACACCGGUGACACCGGUACCCGCAUCCCCCAUCCCCGGCGCGCUGCCGGCAGCCCCGGCACGGAGCUCGCCCGCCCGCCCCGAGAGCGCGCGCCGGCAGCCGGUGCUGCACCGCUCCAAGUCGGACCUGAGCGACCGGCUGUCGCGUGCCACCGCCGACCUGGAGCGCUUCUUCAACUACUGCGGCCUGGACCCCGAGGAGCUGCAGGACACGGGCGCCGAGCGCUUCGCCCGCGCCAGCUCCGACAUCGUCUCCCUCAAGUUCCACAGCGUGAGCACGGCCAGCUCGGAGGGCGGCCGCUCGCCGCCCAGCGCCGCCACGCCGGAGGGACGCCCGCCCGAGCGCGUCCCUUACGGCAUCUCCGUCAUCGAGCGCAACGCCCGCGUCAUCAAGUGGCUGUACGGGCUGCGCCAGGCCAGGGAGCACCAGCAGGUCUCCAACGUGUAGCGGUGCCGCGGCCACGGAGGGCACCGGGGUGGGCUGCUCAUAGAAGGCAAUGAUGGACACGGAGGA